ACUGUUAUGGUGAGUCCAACAUGGCGACCUUGGCUGUGGCUGUGUGAUCGUGCUCUCUCCGCCGCUUCUCUCGCGCCUCCUGCUGCCGGAAUGUGCCUCCCUGGCCGCGCCACACCCUGAGGCACAUCCCCGCCGCCCCUUGCACCUGGCCCUAUGAGUGCCGCGCCCCUAGGGACCUGAGGAAGUGAGGGAAAAGGGAAUCUUUUUCUCGGAGGAGCUCGCUCUCUCUCUCUCGUGUGGACGUGAGAGGAAAAGGCUUUAUUGUUGUUGUUUGUGGCGGGGCCGCCCCCUCAAGUGUGUCUCCGGGGCCUCAAGUGCGUGCCCCCGAGUGUGUUGAGUGUGUGCGAGGAGGCACUCUAGGGCAGGUGAUCACUGGAGUGCGUCCACUCAAGACGAUGACCAGACCGGGGAUAUUAUAGAAGAUUUCUCUCCCUCUCUCUCCCUCUUUCUCUCCCUCUCUCCCUCCUUCCCACUCUCUCCCUUUCUCCUUGCCUCCGUCAGCGCCUCCUGCAGGAGCGAGGCGCCGCCGCUGCUCCCACACACUUGAGCUUGAUGUUUGCAAGAGUUAAUGAACAGUAGCCGAGCCAGAAGCUGUGGGUGGGGCACACUGCGGAGACAUGGCUGACAGAAUGGCACGGCGCAGGGUGAAGUUGUAUGCGCUAAACGCUGACCGCCAGUGGGACGACAGGGGCACAGGCCAUGUCACGUCCUCGUACGUAGAACGGUUAAAAGGGAUGUCCCUGUUAGUGCGGGCAGAGUCGGAUGGUUCUUUGCUCUUAGAAUCGAGGAUACAGGCCGACACGGCAUAUCAGAAGCAGCAAGGCACACUAAUUGUCUGGUCUGAAGGUGAAAACUUUGAUUUAGCUCUGAGUUUUCAAGAAAAGGCCGGCUGUGACGAAAUCUGGGAAAAAAUUUGUCAGGUACAAGGAAAGGAUCCCAGUGUCGAUAUCACGCAAGAUAUAGUCGAGGAGAGUGAAGACGAGAGAUUUGAUGACGUGUCAGAUUCCAACCCCUGGGUCGAGCUGCCUCCUUGUGAAAUUGGCAGAUUGGAAGACAUCAAUGAGGUGAUAAGUAACUGCUUACAUUCUCCAGUUAGACGAGAAAAGUUGGCCAUAGCCCUGGAGAAUGAGGGUUACGUCAAGAAACUGGUGUCGGUGUUCCACACGUGUGAAGACCUCGAGAACAUGGAAGGUCUUCAUCUUCUCUACGAAAUCUUCAAGAACAUCUUCCUGCUCAACAAAAAUGCCCUGUUCGAAAUCAUGUUUGCAGACGAUACCAUAUUUGAUGUCGUAGGAUGCUUGGAGUACGAUCCUUCCUCACCGUACCCGAAGAGACACCGACAGUACCUCAAAAGUAUAGCUAAGUUUAAGGAGGUAAUUCCCAUAGAAAAUAGUGAACUACUAAGUAAGAUCCACCAGACGUACCGUGUCCAGUACAUCCAAGACGUGGUGCUGCCGACGCCGGCGGUGUUCGAGGAGAACAUGUUGUCCACGCUCUCCUCCUUCAUCUUCUUCAACAAAGUAGAGAUAGUCUCUCUCAUUCAGGAAGACGAGAGAUUCUUGAGCGAGUUGUUUCACCAGUUGGGAGGCGACGAGGACGUUCCGACCGAGAAGCGGCGAGAUCUGGUCCUGUUUCUGAAGGAGUUCUGCACCUUCUCUCAAACCCUCCAACCUACCAGCAGAGAGACGUUCUUUAAAACUCUGUCCAGCCUGGGGGUUUUAUCAGCACUGGAGAUCACUCUGGGCCUCGACGACGCCAUCAUCAAGUCCGCCUCCAUCGACAUUCUCAGUUACAUUGUGGAGUUCUCGCCGUCCAUGGUGCGGGAGUACAUGAUGCAGCAGCAGCAUAAAACGGAGGAGGAGCAGUUCCUGCUAAAUAUCAUCAUUGAGCAGAUGGUAGUGGACUCUGAUCCUGAAAUGGGAGGGGCAGUCCAGCUAAUGGGUAUCUUGAGGAUCCUCAUCGACCCCGAGAACAUGAUGGCGACUGUCACCAAGUCGGAGCGGGCAGACUUCCUCGCGUUCUUCUAUAAACACUCCAUGCACUACCUUGUAGAAAUACUAUGUGUUGCAGCACCACUACUAUCCAACACGGUCGGCGACGAAGUGGGGCGCGAGGACUACUCGUCGGCGCAGCUCCUCGCCCUCAUUCUGGAGCUGCUGGCGUUCUGCGUGGAGCAUCACACGUACCACAUCAAAAAUUACAUUGUCCAACGAGAUCUGCUCAAACGAAUCCUUGUCCUCAUGAAGUCCAAACACACAUUCCUUGUGCUUAGCGCUCUUCGGUUUAUGAGGAAGAUCAUCGGGCUCCGCGAUGACUUCUACAACCGCCACAUUAUCAACUCCAACCUCUUUGCACCAGUAGUUGACGCAUUUGUCCGCAACAAUGGAAGAUAUAACCUCCUGGAUUCUGCCAUCAUCGAGAUGUUUGAGUACAUCAAAGUGGAGGAUAUCAAGACGUUGUGGAUGAGUGUGGUAGAGAAGUUCGGAGAGGUGCUGGCCCAGGUGGACUAUGUACAAACCUUCCAUGCACUUCGCAUGCGUUACGAACAGCACCAAGACAGACUUAAAGACAGAGAUAGGAGUGCCUCUCUGGAUGGAAUUGGAGGCGUAGUUAGAGGUACGCGGUAUAGAAGAGACGUACGGGACCUGGACGAGGAGGAGGAGAUGUGGUUCAACAAUGAUGAGGAGGAGAUAGACGAGACGGAGCCCAUUCUUCCCUCCAGAGACACAAAUAUCGCUCCAGUUGGAGAGUUGAUGGCGUAUGUGGAAGGUGGUGAGGCUGAGGAAGAGAGAUGUUAUUGUUUGGCGGGGGAGUCCCCUACCAUAAAAACUUCAGAUAAAGUGGAGAAGGAGAAUGGAGCGAGCAAAAUGUUGGGUGCCACGGGGAAGCAGAGUCUGCUACUCAACAACGGAAACAAGGACAAUAAUAAUACCGCAGCGGCACUCUCACCCGAGGGCAACAAGUCUCCCGUCCCCGCCCGCAAGAAGGUAAGUCUUGUGGCAUACGAUGAGAAUUCUGAUGAGGAAGAUGAGGAGGAGGAAGAGGAAGAAGCUGGGGAAGAGGACCAGGAGGAGGAAGAGGAGGAGGAUGAUGGUAAUAUUCCGUCUGCAAAGAGAGCACGAUUAAGCAGUGACUGAGGGCAAACGAGUGGCUGAAUCAACAGUCAGUAAAACUAUGGGUUAGGCUGUGGUGCAGUGGGCAGGGUAAGGUAACCGCUCUGAGGUGUUGUGGAGCGUCGCCGCAGCCCCCGAGGUUGUACCCAGGGUAGAGGUAGGCACUUGCCGGAACCUGCCUGGCACCCGACUUUGCCGCGAUGCCCACCCAUGACAGUGUACACUGUGGCAUUGAUUGCCACCGGCCCAGCACUGCCACCGGCUUGUUCAAGCUGCACCCACUGCCCACCUGCCCACCUCGUGUACAUAGCCCGCACAAUGCCUCACACCCAUGUGUACAAAUCCUUCUGUAUAUGUGAGCCAGCAGCAGCAGCAGCUCUGGGCCUCUUUGGACCCAUGCCACCGUGACCAAGAAAUAAUGGACAUUUUAAUGGAAUAUUUUUAUAUAGUGUAAAAUUGUUAUUGACAGUGUUAGUACUAGUGUGUGUGCUGAGGGCCUAAACAUGGUAGUGAGACUGGCCAGAAAAUGGGAAGAGGUUUGCAUAGACUUAAGGACUGCUCUCUCGCUGCCUAGUGCGUCCAACGUCCCGUUGCCAUGAGUGUGAGGGGCACCUCCGACAUCCUGUUGCCCAUGAUUGUGAGGGGCACUGCCAUCAUCCUGUUGCUCAUGAUCAUGAGGGACGCCUCCCUCCUCCUGUGCGCGAGUUCGGUGCAACCCCCUGAAGAGGACACCACGACCAAUCGCCGGUGAGGGGCCCCGCCAAGGAACCAACCCGACACUCUGAAGGACGCCGAGACUUCACCUGACAAGAACUGUGCCUGGGCCUGUGAUACGCUCCCCCAAGCCUGCUCCUUUGCCCUUCAUCCCGGAACAUGUGAUCAGCAGCCAAGAUAAUCUCAGUAUUGGGUUCCACAACAAUACACACUUGGUGCUGAGGACACGCACACAAGGGGAGCAAGCUAGGCGGACACGAUGGCAACAGCAGUAGGUGGUAACACGUGCGUGCAUUUACAAUCAUCGCAGAGGAUGUUGUCAUCGACCAUUUCAUUAAACUUCACAUCUUGUCUUUUUUGGUUCUUUUAUCUUGAAAGAACGUUCACAUUUUAAAUGCCCGUCAUUUUGAUAAUCACAAAUGUAGGGGCCAUUUCUCCCUUCGUGUUUCCUCCUAACAAAAUGUUUACAUGCCACCAUAUCAAUACCCUUAUUGAAGAUUCAGUAAAACAGAAUUUUAGCCAGGAUUUGAGAAAUUGUUUUAUGCAUUUUUCUUGUUAAUCUAUGUUCUGAAAUUGUAAGAGAAUGUUAUAUUUGGGAUUUGUAUUAUGCACAUCCUGGAGGUUCAAGGUAUUGUUCUCAGGAAUAGUGCUGUAAAAUGCAUUUCAUAAUUUUGCCCAAUUUAUCAUGGGUUUAUCUGCUCCACCUUAUGUUUCCGUCUUCAGAAAGCUGAAGACGGAAGGUAUUAGUUACUGAAGUUAUUUGCUUUAUCAGAGACACUAAUAUUGGUAAUGAUUUUUGGGUAUUCUUAUAAAAAAAUAUAGAAAGUCUGUGGCAGUGCUCUUAUCCCUUUAAAAUAGUAUUUUUGGUUAUAGCUGGUUUCAUAAUGGCAGCGUUUUCUCACAUCAGGAAGAGUACGACUUUAAAUUACAGAUGCUCACCUGUUUACAUUGAUGUUCCUCUUCUAGAAAAUUGGACAGAAAAAUCUUAUUUAUUAAUUCUAGUGCCCAUGUAACUAACUACAGGAGUCUGAAAUUAAUGGGUUAUCAAAUUUCAUUUAAAUGUAAAAACAGGUGAGCUUGUAUGAACCUACUGCUGUUGACAUUGUACCGACUGAAACGUUUCAUCACCUCCGAAAGCUCUUUUUUUUUCUGAAUUGUAGAGUGUAAAAUACCUACUUUUGUCGCCCACAUUAAUGCAAGUUUGCUCAAAUUUUCCCCCUUUCAUUGCCACAGUUGUCAAAUGUUCAAGAAUACAUUGGCUGCCAGAAUUGACGUAUUUUACAUUUAGUUUUAACACAUUUUAUAUUUUGAAGGUAAUGGAGCAACAGAGAAUUAUUGUAAAUGCCAUUGUGGAUUCACUACUACUUUGUAAGAAGAACUCACCGUUGUCGUGAAAGCGAAGCCCCCAAACCAGAGUUUGUUUUCAAUAAAUCAGACAAAUUUAUAUAUAUAUAUAAAUAUAUAGUUUUUUCUUUCAGUUUUAGUAUUAUGUACAUACAGAUUGGAUUAUUAGGAAGAUUAUGUAUUAAGAUCCGGCUUGUUCUUGAUUUACUGUGAUACCUCAAUACACUAUCCGAAAUCUUUGAUAUUUUAUAUUUAUUUUUUUGUAGCACGUGUAAUGAAAUAUUGAUGAAUUUGAUAUUUGAUUCAUAGAUUUCCAUUUUCAAAAUCUGGUCUGCAUGACCCCAUUUUUUGUAGGGAUUACACGUCUAUUGGUUAUCCUGUCGUCGUCCUCCCCGGGGCUUCUCUGCGUCACGGUGACACGAGGCUGCCAUCCUGGGCCGGGAUUCAUCAACCAUUGACGCAACCACUACCACAACUCUUGACAUCUUUGUGUAAUUAUGGCGGCUUCGUUUACAGUAUUACACGGUUUGAGCUUGGACACUUGGAGCAACCAAUGGUUGUUACUGUUUAUAAACAGCCUCAUAGUAGUUUUGGAGCUCAUGAACUGCGUUUUUAAUAAAUGUAAAGAAGCUGCCAUGAUUUGAAGGAAGAUGCAUAGGUGUCGUAAGUGGGUGCAUAGUGCGUGAUGAAGCCCCCGGCCUUGAUCACCAUCAUCGAGCCAUCACUCAUCACCUGUCAUUGUUAUCACAGCAACACACACAGUUGGUACGCGCGGCGUCUUCUCCAACCUGCCAGUCUUUGUUAUACAGUAUGAGGCCUCUUUUGUAGUAACUUAUACACACAAAUACUGAAUAAAAUGGGAAUAAUU